UGUCAUUGGCAACGACGGAAGUUUAUGGAGAAGUGUAAUGCGGUGUAUGUCAGAGAGAGAACACACAUUCAUAACACCUCGUUGUUGGUGGCUUUAAUAAUGUCUGGGUUGUCCAGAGAAGUUUUGAGGUGGAUCCAAAGUCUAGAUUUGACAUGGCAAAUGAAAACACCGAAGUGGGACUUGACGAAUGGUUACCUCGUAGCCGAGAUAUUUUCAUGGUACUUUCCACAAGAAAUACAGAUGCAUUCAUACUACAAUGGAACAUCACUAGAUCCCAAACAGAAAAACUGGUCUUUGUUGAAAAAUUUCAUCAAACGCCAGCACCUUGAAAUCCCUGAGGACUACAUAGAAGGCACCAUUCACUGCAAGGAGGGAGCUGCCAAUCUUCUCACAGAGAGGAUGUACGAGAUCCUCACUAACAGGAAAGUAAAAAAAGUCCCAUCCGAGGUGGAGGUUGACUUCACUGACAAGGCCUACCAGAGCAAGCUGCCAAUGCAUGCCAGAUCCACAGCAUCAAAGUCGAUAAAAAAUAAUCUACGUAUCACAGAAAUCAUGGCCGAUCAGGACCUCAUACUCGGUGCACAAAAGUCACAGAAAAUAAUCAAUGAUCACAUCGAUCACCGAAGGGUGGAAAGAUUUGAAGAUCCACAAAGGUUUAAUGUCAAACCAACGAUUGGUGAAAAAAGUCUACGCAGACCACCACCUCCACUGAAGGAAAAGUCUGACGCAAGUCAAGCUUUGGAAGACACUGAAUGUAUGCCUGCUAGAGAACACAUUGCUAUUUUGGAUGACGUUUCAGCGGAUACUUCAAACUUCCAGUCAAUGCCACGAGAGCCAAGUGUCCACUUCAAGGAAGUCCAAGUGAAUCAAGUGGACAAAUCAGCCUUCUACAACAUGCCCAUCCAGGGCUACUAGUCCCAGUCUUGUGAUGGGGAGACUGUCAGCUUCUGCCUACAACAGCAUGUCAAACUUUGGGAUAUGAUCAUUCAACAAGCAGUCAGUUGUUUAUAAUAAAUCAACUCUUGCAACUUUUUAGUUCAUUAUUGACAAAUUAGGUAAGAAAAAGUUGUAUGAUAUAUCCAAUUUCUUAAAAUCAUUGUCAGUAUUUUGGCACCGGCGGGUAUGUUAAUUUUUUUGUUUUUUUGUUAAUUCAUUCAUUUUUUUGGUUUCAUUUCAUAAUUUUUUUUGUUUGUCUUUUGCAAGUAUUGACAUUAUUUUGUAUCUAUUUGUCAUAAGUAGAUACAAGUGGUUGUCGUACUCACGGUCAGGCUGACAUGCUGAUGUUAUGAAACUGUAUAUGAAAUUGUUGUAGGUGACAGACAAUUGUAAAUAAUGAUAAUCAGUCAUUGAUGUUCCACAUUGUACAUUGAAUGAUUCUGAAUAAAUAUGUAAAACACAA